UACUGUUUAAAAGAAAGGGACUUCUCCCUCCCUCUCUCUCUCUCUUUCACUCAUUCCCUCUCAGCAUCAGCAGACAUACACUGGCUGGAUGGAGCACUCUCACUGAGAGCAGAGAGACAGCAGGGAAUGACAGGACUGUCAUCUGUCUAAAGAAAAUUAAAAAGCACUUCAAGAGUUCCUGAUGUUUUUAACCUUUCGUUUGGCAACACAUCGCAGUUCCCUAGACGGAGGCACGUCUCUGAGCCUGUAGAGGAGGAUUGGUCUCACUAAGGAUCAAACCCACAUCUCCAGUAUCUUAAAACAGUUUGAACAAUCACACAAGUAAGAAGAGUCAGGGAGCAAAUCAUCAUGGGGGUGCGAGGCCUGCUACUGGCCUGUGUGGCAGUAGCCUUGUUAGUUCAUCUCUCUAGUGCUGGCCUGGUGAAAAGAGUAAUUAGACACAGAAGAGAAUCACUGUCACCGACCACUGAGAACUUGACCCUCCCAAGUCCUGAUCAGCCUGUGGUUUUUAACCAUGUAUACAACAUCAACGUUCCCUCUGGAUCCCUGUGCUCUGUGGACUUGGAUUCACCUGGAACAACACCAGUGAAGCCAAAACCGGCCAAUCUGCAGUCUGACCAACACAUAGAACACACCAUGGAUGGAGAGAAUCAGAUUGUUUUUACACAUAGGAUUAAUAUUCCUAAGCAAGCUUGCGGUUGUGAUAACCACAUGCCUGACCUGAAGGAUCUUCUGAACAGGCUGGAAAUGCUGGAGGCAGAGGUAUCCAGUCUAAGAGAGCAGUGCACCAGUGGAACAGGCUGCUGUAGUGCUCAGGUUACAGCAGGUGAAGUCACAACCAAACCCUACUGCAGUGGCCGUGGAAACUACAGCACUGAGACCUGCAGCUGUGUGUGUGAGCCCGGUUGGAAGGGCGUCAACUGCUCCGAGCCAGAAUGUCCCAACUUUUGCCAGGAUCAAGGCCGCUGUGAAGAUGGCAAGUGCAUCUGCUUCGAGGGCUUCGGCGGUGAGGACUGCAGCAUCGAGCUGUGCCCUGUGGAUUGCAGUGAGAAUGGAGAGUGCAUCGACGGGGCUUGCAUCUGUGCUGAGGGCUUCAUCGGUGAGGACUGCAGUUUGACUAACUGCCUAAACAACUGCCUCGGCAGGGGGCGCUGUGUGGAUGACGAAUGUGUAUGUGACGAGCCUUGGACGGGCUUUGACUGCUCCGAGCUCAUCUGUCCCAACGACUGCUAUGACCGUGGCCGCUGUGACAAUGGAACCUGCUAUUGUGAAGAGGGCUUUACUGGGGAGGACUGUGGGGAGCUUACCUGCCCCAAAAACUGCAAUCACCGUGGCAGGUGCGUCAAUGGACAAUGCGUCUGCAACAUUGGCUACAGCGGAGACGACUGCUCCAAGCUAACCUGCCUCAAUAACUGCAAUCAGAGAGGGCACUGCUUCAAUGGGAAGUGCAUAUGUGAUCCUGGGUUUGAGGGUGAGGACUGCAACAUUCUUUCCUGCCCUGACAACUGCAAUGACAGGGGACAGUGCGUCAACGGGGAGUGUAUUUGUGAUGAUGGAUAUGAAGGUGACGACUGCUCUGAGCUUUCCUGCCCCAAUAACUGCCACGAUCGUGGCCGAUGCGUCAACGGGAAGUGCAUUUGCAAAGUUGGCUUUGCUGGAGAAGACUGCAGCAUCAAGACCUGUCCCCAUGACUGCCAUGGACGCGGAGAGUGUGUGGACGGCAAAUGCAUUUGCCAUGAUGGCUUUGCUGGAGAACACUGUGGCAUCAAGACCUGUCCCCAUCACUGCCAUGGACAUGGGCAGUGUGUGGACGGCAAGUGCAUUUGCCACCAUGGCUUUGCUGGAGAAGAUUGCAGCAUCAAAACCUGUCCCAGUCACUGCCAUGGACAUGGACAAUGUGUGGACGGCAAGUGCAUUUGCCAUGAUGGUUUUGCUGGAGAAGAUUGCAGCAUCAAAACCUGUCCCAAUGACUGUCAUGAGCGUGGAAAGUGUGUGGAUGGCAAGUGUGUUUGCCAUGAUGGUUUUGCUGGAGAAGAUUGCAGCAUCAAAACCUGUCCCAAUGACUGUCAUGAGCGUGGAAAAUGUGUGGAUGGCAAGUGUGUUUGCCAUGAUGGUUUUGCUGGAGAAGAUUGCAGCAUCAAAACCUGUCCCAAUGACUGUCAUGAGCGUGGAAAGUGUGUGGAUGGCAAGUGUGUUUGCCAUGAUGGUUUUGCUGGAGAAGAUUGCAGCAUCAAAACCUGUCCCAAUGACUGUCAUGAGCGUGGAAAGUGUGUGGAUGGCAAGUGUGUUUGCCAUGAUGGUUUUGCUGGAGAAGAUUGCAGCAUCAAAACCUGUCCCAAUCGUUGCCAUGGACAUGGACAGUGUGUAGAUGGCAAGUGUGUUUGCAAUGAAGGUUUUGCUGGAGAAGACUGCAGCAUCAAAACCUGUCCCAAUGACUGUAAUGAGCGUGGACAGUGUGUGGAUGGCAAGUGCGUUUGUCAUGCUGGUUUUACAGGCCAUGACUGCAGCGAGUUGACUUGCCCCAAUGACUGCUAUAACAGAGGACUUUGUGUAAAUGGCCAAUGUGUGUGUAACAGCGGGUUCACUGGGGAGGACUGUGGUACAAAGACGUGUCCCAACAACUGCCUGGACCGUGGCUACUGUGAAGAUGGAAAGUGUGUCUGCUCUGAGGGCUACACCGGUGAGGACUGCUCUGUUCUGACCUGCCCAGCAAACUGCAAUGAUCAAGGCCUAUGUCUGAAUGGAAUGUGCAUAUGUGAUUUAGGCUUCACUGGCGACGACUGCUCUGAAAUCUCCCCACCCAGAGACCUGACUGUGACUGAGGUCGAUCCAGAAACAGUGGACGUUGCCUGGGUCAAUGAGAUGCUCGUGACGGAGUAUCUUAUCAACUAUGUGCCUACGGCUCCUGGCGGUUUGGAGAUGGAAAUGAGAGUUUCUGGUGAAAAGAAGACAGCCACUAUUAGGGAGUUGGAGCCUGGCAUAGAGUACCUAAUCAGUGUCUUUGCUGUACUGAACAGCAAGAUGAGUGUCCCUGUCAGUGCCAGAAUAGCCACACAUCUUCCUGAACCUGAGGGUCUGAAAUUCAAAUCGGUUAGAGAGACCUCAGUGGAGGUUAAGUGGGACCCCUUGAACAUCCCGUUUGAUGGCUGGAACCUCAUCUUCAGAAACACAAAAGAAGAGGAUGGAGAGAUUUUGAACUCUCUCACCGCUCCUGAGACCACCUUUGAGCAGUCUGGUCUUGGACCUGGACAAGAGUAUGAAGUCAAGCUUGAAGUCUUAAAGAACAACACUCGUGGACCCCCAGCCAGCAAGAACAUUGUCACAAUGCAAGCAGUUGAACAGACAGAUGAGAGCAUAACUCUGGAGUGGAAAAACAGUAUAUCUGAUGUCCUCAAUUACCGCGUCAAAUACGGCCCACUUUCUGGAGGGGAGCAUGGAGAACUGGUCUUCCCCAGCGGCCCGCAAGAUACCACUCAGGCUAAAAUCACUGGCCUUAGGCCCGGGACGGAGUAUGGAAUGGGAGUGACGUCAAUCAAGGAAGAGCGUGAGAGUUUGCCUGCGACGACCAAUGCUGUGACUGAUAUUGAUGCUCCCAAAGACCUUGAAGUAAGUGAGACCACGGAGACCACAUUGGCACUGGUUUGGAGAAGGCCGGUCGCCAAAAUCGACACCUAUGUGCUAGUGUUUACAUCUGCGGAUGGCACAGAAACUGAAUUGGAGGUACCUGGUGCUGCCAAUACCUACAUCCUGACUGACCUGAAUCCUGGCAUGCUGUACACCAUCAGCCUGACUGCCAAGAGAGGAAGAAAGAUGAGUGCGCCAGCCACUCUGUCGGCAUCCAUAGAUGAAGAGAAGCCUCAGGUGGGCAACAUCACCAUCUCUGAUGUGUCCUGGGACAGCUUCAGUGUGUCCUGGGAGCUGGACAGAGGAGAGGUUGAGGGCUUUCUGGUUGACGUAUCUGACCCAGAUGGCUUAUCUGAUGGCCAGAACCAUACUCUAUCCAGCCAGGAGUUUAGCCUGGCUGUCAUUGACCUCUCCCCUAGUACUUUCUACAGGGUCACAUUGUAUGGGCUGUACAAGGGAGAGCUCUUAGAUCCUGUCUUUGCUGAAGCCAUCACAGAAGCUGAACCUGAAGUGGAGCAUCUUUCGGUCUCGGACAUCACCCCGCACAGCUUUAAACUGACAUGGACAGCACCAGAGGGCAUCUUUGAUACAUUCACUCUCAAAGUCGGGGAUUCUAACGGCCUGGGCCAACCUCUCCACAUCAGUGUGUCUGGAGACAAGAGAACAGAAGCGGUGACAGGUCUCAAUGAAGAUACGGAGUAUGAAAUCGAGCUCUUUGGGAUCAUUUUGGGACGAAAAUUCCAGCCCCUUUUGGCUGUAGCUCGAACAGGUCUGGGAAAACCCAAGGAGAUACGCUUUUCUGAUGUGACAGAUACAUCGGCCACUGUUCACUGGACUUUGCCCCGUACCCAUGUAGACAGCUACCGGGUCUCCUAUGUGCCCAUUCAGGGUGGCAGCCCUAUGACACUGAGAGUAGAUGGAGGAGAGUCUCAAGCCAUGCUGCCUAAUCUGACCCCUGGAGUGACCUACCAGGUCACUGUCAUCGCUGUGAAGGGCUUGGAGGAGAGUGAACCAGGAUCUGAUCGAGUCACGACAGCCCUGGAUAAGCCUCGAGGUCUGACAGCAGUCAACAUCACUGACACUGAAGCUCUGCUGCUGUGGCAGCCGUCCAUUGCUACUGUGGAUGGAUAUGUCAUCACUUACAGCGCAGACAGUGUGGCUCCAGUGAUGGAACGGGUGUCUGGGAACACUGUGGAGUUUGAGAUGAGCUCCCUCACACCUGCCACCUUAUACACCGUUAAAGUUUAUGCUGUCAGAGAAGCAGCCAAGAGCGCUGCAACCACCACAGAGUUCACCACAGAUGUUGAUGCCCCUCAGAAUCUGGCUGCCAGUAAUAUUCAAACAGAAAGUGCCAUGUUGACAUGGAAGCCACCAAGAGCAGACAUCAGUGGGUACAUCCUCAGCUUUGAGUCCGCUGAUGGCAUUGUCAAGGAGGUUGUCCUUAGCCCCACGGCAACAUUUUACAGCAUGCCUCAGCUGACUUCCUCCACAGAGUACACAGUCAGACUGCAGGCCAUCGCUGGGCCAAAGAGAAGCAGAAUCAUCUCGACAGUCUUCACCACCAUUGGAGUGCUAUACAAGCAUCCUAAAGAUUGCUCGCAGACUCUGUUAAAUGGAGAAACAACCUCAGGCCUGUACACUAUUUACCUGCGUGGAGAUGAGAAUCAGCCUCUGCAGGUCAACUGUGAUAUGACCACUGAUGGAGGCGGCUGGAUUGUGUUUGUGAGACGGCAGAGCGGCAAAGUAGAGUUUUUCAGAAACUGGAAGAACUACACUGCAGGCUUCGGUGACCUGAAUGAUGAAUUCUGGUUGGGUCUCUCUAACCUCCAUAAGAUCACCUCCUCUGGGCAGUAUGAGCUGCGUGUGGACCUCAGAGAUAAGGGCGAGUCUGCAUAUGCGCAGUAUGACAAGUUUUCAGUCUCAGAACCACGCAGUCGCUACAAAGUGCAUGUUGGAGGAUACAGCGGCACUGCAGGUGACUCAAUGACGUAUCACCACGGCCGUCCAUUCUCGACCUACGAUAAUGACCACGAUAUAGCUGUCACCAACUGUGCUCUGUCUUACAAGGGAGCUUUCUGGUAUAAAAACUGUCAUCGAGUGAAUAUAAUGGGACGAUACGGAGACAACAGUCAUAGCAAGGGUGUAAACUGGUUCCACUGGAAGGGUCAUGAGCACUCCGUCGAGUUCGCAGAGAUGAAGAUCAGGCCCACCAACUUCAGGAAUUUUGAGGGAAGGAGAAAGCGAUCGUAAACCUGUGCGCUCCAACUCGAACCAAGCAACCCUCCACUGCUGACCAUUUGCCCCUUGUUUCUCCUGCAUCAUCUCAUCCCCUUCAUCUACCAAAGUCACUGCCAGGAGCCCAGCCUGCUCUUCACACUCUCCUAUUCAUGGAGAACAAGUACAAAAAAAGUUUUCACCCCCCAUUCAAAGCUACAGUCCAUACACAGUUGUGUGUGUACCACUUCUGUGCAUGUCAAUCUGACAGUAAACCAAUAGACUCAUAGUGAAGUGUUUAACAUUACACACUGUGCCUGUACAUCUUAAGCACACCAAAGACAGACACUCCAGUAACAUCUAUAUGAUACAAUGCCUACGGAGAGGAGAUUUUGAGUUUGGCUUGGUGCUUUCCAGUUUAAAAAAUAAUGAUAUUAUUCUUUCUGUAUAUCCCAUACAGUUACAGUGGGAAGAGUUGAAUGUUUGUGUGUGGUAUUUUUGCUUCAGAGCCUCUUCCCUAGCUGUGAAUUAGCCUCAACAAUUAUUUAUCCUUUAACUUCUCAAUUAGGGCGAGAUGCUUAAUGGCACACGGUAACAACUCAGCAUUUAAUAUGCAGGACUGCAUAAAAAUAUCUAGUGGGGAGGCUCAGAGAUUUUUUUUUUCAUCUCUUUUGUCUAUCUGUGACAAAUAUAAGUACCCAUGCUCUCCAUUUUCUCUCUCCCACAACUCAUGCAUUCAUCAGUUCUGA